UCUGGAAGCAGGACGUACUGUCGCAAAACGGCUUCAACUGUCGCAAAAAGUAGUCGCUUUCCGGCACUUUUUCACAGGUCUGCUACGAGCUAGGUUAUUUCACUGCUGAUAUGGCCUCAGCUCCAGCACAGCAGCCCACCCUCACUGUGGAGCAGACCAGAGUGGUGCUGAGCGAGGUGAUCCAGGCCUUCUCAGUCCCAGAAAAUGUAGCGAGGAUGGACGAGGCUCGGGAAAGUUCCUGUAACGACAUGGGGAAGAUGCUGCAGCUCGUUCUCCCUGUGGCCACCCAGAUUCAACAGGAGGUCAUCAAAGCGUACGGCUUCAACAACGAAGGAGAGGGUGUCCUAAAAUUUGCCCGAUUGGUGAAGAUGUAUGAAACCCAGGACCCGGAAAUUGCAGCCAUGUCAGCCAAACUGAAGUCCCUCCUCCUGCCACCGCUGUCAACACCGCCUAUAGGAGGUGCCAUUCCAGCUUCAUAAGGAUCACUUACUUUAACUCAUCGGUCAACUUCAAGGUUACUGACAUUUAAUGAUUUUGGGAUCAACAUUGACAAACUGUUAUUCCUGUUUUUUCUGUUAAACACUCAAACUCCAAACGCUAACACGUUCCAACAAAGAAUAUGUAACCUUCUCUUCAUGGUUUUACUCAAAGCAUGCUUUCAGAAACUUGUUAAAUUAUUGUUUUUUGAAUGUUCAAGUAUUUAUUUGUAUCAUGUUACACUUUUUCCAUUUUCUUAUGUCAUGAGCGUUCAACAUUUCCUUUAAUGCCAUCUUGUUUUUUAACUUUUAUUAUACCAUUUUUAUAUGCUGUCAAAUGUAUGAAAUGUCAGUCUUUUGUUAUAUAUUAAAAGUUUUUCUGUGAA